GCCUGUGGCACCACUGUGCACAGCAAUUCGCAAUGAUCGUAAUGAAAAUUUCUACUUGCAAGUAAUAGCUUUUGCGCAACAACAGUAACAACACCAAAACCAACAACAUGACUAACAAUAAAACCGAUAAAACGCAAUAAGAAAGUCAACAAAAGUUAGGCAACUGACAAACAGGGUAGCAUGCAACAACAACAAUUCAAAAACAAUAGCAAUCAGCGAAAUUACCAGUUUCGCUUUCAAACUUGUGUACGGAACAUUUUCAUUUCAUUCGUAGCGCAGCGUGCGCAAAGACAACUAAUUCGCCAAAGAGCUUUAGACAAAUUUGUCCGUGGAUUAGGAAAGUUUUUAGUCCUUAAAAUUGGUAGUGCCCAGUACAUAUGUAUAUGAUAAUGAGCAAAAGUGUUUGUGUAGACUAAAAAAUACGAAAUAUUAAAUAAUCAACUAAAUAAACAAUAAACUUUACUAGUAACUCUUAUACUAUGAAGCUCGCUGAUUUGAACGAGCAAUAUGCUCGCUUCCCGGAUAUCUCACGUGACGAGAUGAGAAAAUUCGUCAAUUGGAUACACGCCCAACCGCAUAUGCAGAAUUUGUCCGAAGAGGAAGCUCUGCACUUCUUUCACGCCUCCAUGAACAGCAUGGAAAUGGCCAAACAGGUGCUGGACACCAAUCUAACGGUGCGCACACAUUGCGAUGAUUUCUUUACGAAUCUAGACUGUGAGCGCUCAGAGCUGCAGCGGGCCAUGAGAACUGUCUCCAUUUGCCCAUUGCCACAGACCACACCCGAGGGUUAUCGCGUUAUAAUCGGUAAAUUAGCAGAUACAAAUGCAUCGAACUUCAAUUUUGUGGACUGCAUGAAACUUUAUUGUAUGAUUUUUGACAUGUGGAUGUCCGAAGACGGCAUACGUCCGGGUCACAUUAUGGUAAUGGACUUAAAGGGUGUCACUUUGGGGCAUGUGGCACGCAUCGGCAUUUUUCAAAUGAAAAAGUUUCUCUUCUAUUUACAGGUGAGUGUUUUCAAAACUCUCUUUUUUACAAGAUUUCCAACAAAAAAUAUGACUCUCUUGCAGGAAGCUGCCGCGAUACGUUUGAUUGGUUUCCAUUUCAUUAAUAUUGUACCGUUUAUGGAUAAAAUUUUGGCACUGAUGACACCAUUUAUGAAGAAAGAGCUAACCAGUAUACUGUAUAUACACAAUAAUCUAGAAGAUUUCUAUAAAUUUGUACCACAGUCUAUAUUGCCUAAAGAUUACGGUGGUGAUGAGUUGGAAUGUGUGCAAUUCAGAGAAACCGUUUACGCUAAGCUUAAAGAAAAUCGGGAAGAAAUGCUGCAAUUCGAAAAGCGUCAUCAAGUAAAUGAGAAAUUGCGUCCGGGAAAACCGAAAAAUGCCUCGGAGCUGUUCGGCAUUCAAGGGAAUUUCAAGAAAUUGGAUAUCGACUAAAGUUUUUAGAUUUAACAGCAUUAUUUGUUUUAGUUUAUAAAAAUUAUAUAGUUAGCUAAAGGUAUUCUUAAAAAAAUGGUGUUAUUUUUUUAAUUUUAGCUAAAAAAUGUAAAAAAAAAAUUAUUCUAAAAUGUUAAAUAAAAAAUUUAAGUUUUUUUGUUGUAGCGGGAGAAAAUAUUACUAUAGUAAUUUCGAAGCAUGGUGCCGAGUUGAUAGUCCUUGUACGGAUAAAAUUCCGGAUUCGUUCCUGUUAUUUAGACCCCACUGUCGUGCGAACGGCAUUUAUAAUUUUGUCUAUGGAAAGCAUGCCGUUCUGUUUUAAAUUAUGUAUUUUCUCAUACAAAAUAUACAAAUAGAUUGGGUCUGAAGAGAAGCUUAAUUUGCUUAAAUUUUUGGAAUAAGAAUUUUGAUAACUCAGUAUAACAAUAAUAGCAAUAAAAAAUUUUAAUGUUUCCAUUUGUACGCCGAGUGCAUUUUUCACAAAGAUUUGUAUUAUAAUUAGUUUUAAAAUUUCAAAAUCAGAAUUCAACGCUGUAUACUCUUAUUAUUCUUAUAAAAAUCAUCUAAAUAUAUUGCAAUAAUUACAAAUACAUUAUUUAAUAUUUAAAA